GGUCACGCGCGAAACGCGGGAAGGUACUGGCGACCCACACUUGGCAAUAUCGACAUAUUUAGGAUAACAAAUAUUUGACGGAGGUAUACAUCUUAUUUUUUAUUUAUUAUAUAGUUUGCGAACAAGCAUCCUGUUAUCGUGCACCUUCGGUGUUGCGUUCACACGAAGCGUUUGGAAGUGAAAAACAUGCCUAAUAUCAAGAUUUUCAGCGGCAACUCCCACCAGGAUCUGUCUCAAAAGAUAGCAGACCGUCUCGGAUUGGAACUUGGGAAAGUGGUGACCAAAAAGUUUAGUAACCAAGAGACGUGUGUGGAGAUUGGGGAGAGUGUACGCGGGGAGGAUGUGUACAUAGUCCAGAGCGGCUGUGGCGAAAUAAAUGAUAAUCUUAUGGAACUCCUGAUUAUGAUAAAUGCUUGCAAGAUUGCAUCUGCAUCCCGGGUCACAGCCGUCAUCCCCUGUUUCCCUUAUGCCCGACAAGACAAGAAGGAUAAGAGUCGAGCACCCAUUUCUGCCAAGCUGGUGGCGAAUAUGCUGUCAGUCUCUGGUGCUGACCAUAUCAUAACCAUGGAUCUACACGCAUCCCAGAUACAGGGUUUUUUUGACAUUCCUGUGGACAAUUUAUAUGCAGAGCCUGCUGUGUUGCAGUGGAUAAAGGAGAAUAUUCCAGAAUGGAAGAACUGCACCAUUGUCUCACCUGAUGCUGGAGGAGCCAAAAGGGUGACCUCCAUUGCAGACAGGCUAAAUGUUGACUUUGCUCUUAUUCACAAAGAGAGGAAGAAAGCUAAUGAGGUGGACCGCAUGGUUCUGGUUGGAGAUGUGAAAGACCGGGUGGCUAUUUUGGUUGAUGACAUGGCAGACACCUGCGGUACCGUCUGCCAUGCAGUUGAUAAGUUGAUAUCAGCUGGUGCAACUAAAGUUUAUGCCAUCCUCACUCAUGGCAUCUUCUCUGGACCGGCCAUUUCACGCAUCAACAACGCUUGUUUUGAGGCUGUAGUUGUGACCAACACCAUUCCUCAGGAGGAGAAGAUAAAACACUGUCCAAAAAUUCAGGUUAUUGACAUUUCGAUAAUCCUCGCGGAAGCUAUUCGCAGGACCCACAAUGGCGAGUCUGUGUCUUAUCUCUUCAGUCAUGUUCCAUUGUAACAUCUCCAGCACCUGUCCUUUCACAGCGACCAAAGAGGGAGCUCAUCCUCACCUGCGUUCACCUCAUCCAAAUAGCCCAGAGCAGACAUCAGCCCUGACUGAAUGUCUUUCCAUAUUUGUGGAUUUUAGCAAGUCUGUUUUUCUUCAAAUUUUUGUUUCAAUCUGUGACUGGAAGAGUUAGAGGUUAAAUGAAUCAGGGCAAGGUGUGCCACAUCCUAAUUUAUUUAUUUGCCUUCAUUAUUAAAAACAAAUUAGUGGUCUACAGAUGACAUGGAUAAGAAUUAUUUAUUUCUUAACGUUUUGUUCACUAGAUACAAAGGAUCUAAGUUUGGAUUCUCUGAAGAUUGGAGUUUAAGAGUCUUAAAGAAUCAGCUGUUGCAUUUUCUCAUUUUCAUUUUUAAAGAUGUUUUUAAGAAUUCAUUCUAUGAAUAAAAAGUAACUUUUGUGGUUACAUUGUUACAUCCUGAAAGUGUGUGCACUCUUAUUUCUAUGCUGAUCUCUUAGAAGUCUUUUAGAAUAAUAAAUGUGAUCUUGUGAAAAAGAGGCAUCAUUUUGAAAGCAUUCUCCUAUUACAAAAUAAUUGUAUUUAAAAUGAUGUGCAACAUUUGAUGUAUUUUGUGUAUUAAGUUUAUAUUGUGAAACAGAAUUACUUUGAAGUCCUCAUCAGCCAGACAGCCACAAGAAUUAUUGCAUCAAUAUAUUUUAAGUGUGCCUUUAGUGUGCUUGAAACAAUUGCAGGUUGAUGUAAAAAAAAAAAUAUAUAUAUAUAUAUACUCAACAAAAAAGAAACAUCCUCUCAUUUUCAACUGCUUUUAUUUUCAGCAAAUUUAACAUGUGUAAAUAUUUGUAUGAACAUAAAAAGAUUCAACAACUAAGACAUAAACUGAACAAUUUUCACAGACAUGUGACUAACAGAAAUGGGAUAAUGUGUCCCUGAACAAUGGGGGGGUCAAAAUCAAAAGUAACCGUCAGUAUCUGGUGUGGCCACCAGUGUAGGAGAUUUUAUCAGGUAUAAUCAAUGUAAACAUUGUUAAUUUGUACCACAGUUAUAUCUGACAGGCAAACAUAUAGUUUACUGUAUGUGCAUGAUGGCCUUAAGAACGUGUGUUCUAUAUAUGUGUGUGUGAUAUUUGAAAGUGUGCAGAGUAAGCAUUAGGUGUUAAGAACGUGUGUUCCAUAUAUGUGUGACAUUUGAAAAUGUACAGAGUAGGCACUCCGUAUGGGCUCUCAUGACUGUUCGGAGAAAAUAUCCCUUGCAAAGGUGGUUCUGUAACUUCCUAAUUUGGUCAGACCAGAGUCUGAUAGAUAAUGCAUGUUUAAAAAAAAGGAUAAGCCCAACCUUGUUUGUGUAGAUGUAUUUAAGUGAGUGGAAGCCAGAGUUAGUUAGUUGCUCUGC